UGUGUAUUGCUAUCCUGCGGUCGUUACUUAAGUUGGUAUGACUAAAGAAGCAAGCAGUCGGCAACAUUCAUCUCUCGAGGGGGUGUCUAACUCGGUGUUAUGGUGUGUUUGACCCUAAAUUAAAUUUACGCUGGAAUGUCCCUUUAAGUUCUAAUUCUAAUUUCACAUUUUUAAAGACACGAUUAGUUUUUUUUCUUCAUCUUUCACUGAUGUAGCUAUUGUACCACCUGGAUCUUUUUCAGUGUUAAGGGUGGAGUAAAGGGGCAGAGCACACUGGGAGCUGAUGGACUGUAACAACCUGGAUCACUGACUGAAAGUACAAGAGGAGCCACUUCUAUGGUUGAUUACAUUUAUUUUUGAAGUGCCUUGCAUCACUUUGACACCAGCAUGAAAAACCUCAGUGACAUCUCUGGACAUUUGAUCAUUUCUGACAUUUUAAUAUGAUAGUAAAGCUGUGGCUAAAGGAAUCGUGUCAGCUGUUUUUUAUAGCUCUCAGCUGAGACUCCUGUAGUGAGUCAUUGCCAAUAUUUCCACCAAAGCAUUUUUCUUCUAUUUUUUUUGUUCAAGGUCAUCGGGUUGAGAUGAGACGUCAUGAUGACGCUACCCCCAUCCCCCUUCUCCCAUCUCUACACCUCUACUGCAAAUAAAAAACACCAUGUCUGUACUUCUACUAUAUACCACUAGAGGACCCUUUAAAUCCCCCGUCUGUGUUUUCUUCCACUCCUCACUACUCCAUCGUUACCCCGGCUGCUCCCCCUCCCUCCCUGCCUCUCUGCCUGCCUGCCUGCCUGCUUCCACUCCCACCUCCUCUACCUACCUCCCUCUCUCCGCUGGAUUCUCAAUCGCUAGUAACACCGGUAGGUUAGCUACUGUCGCUCUGUCAGCCAAAGAUACACAGUGUGAAGGCUUUGAUUUUACACCACAAACCCCCACUGGGAGAGAUAACGGGAUCGGCUCUAUGUGGUACGUAGAUGACUGGAUGCAGUUACAGUCUUGGUAUGAAUCUAGCGGGUGUGUUAUUCCAGAAAUGCUUUUGUUACCGUUAUAAUCUUACCUGUGCGGACCGCGAAGAAGUAGGCGUCAUUUUAAUAUGAAUUGUCUAUUGGAAUUGUAAAAAUGGACCAUUUCACGAUAUGGAAAUGGGAGGUUUUAUGUCAGGUUUUGAACGUGUGUGACGGUUUACCUCUUCGUUGUGAGAGGAAUCAUUUUCCGUUAUGUGGCAUGUUAGCAUUUUUGACAUAUGGUGGGUUUUCAAUAUGUAACGAUAGUACAAGUUAAAAAUGACCGUUUCUAUCGGGGUGGACACGGACAUCCUAAACGGACAAUCAAUAAUGGUUACACUAGAUUGGUUAAAAUGCCGGUUAUUAAUACGCCUGCUCAUAUUUUAACCCCUUAAACAGACUGCACGUUAAACUCAAGUAAAAUGCUUCACCAGGAUGGUUGUUUAUCAAACGUGUUAGUAUCAUAGAGUUAAGUUUGUUGAGGACAUUGUGUUUCGGUUCUUUAUGUUGAUAGAACCGGUGUAGAUAACCGAAUUUCUUCCUGACCUGCAAAGGGGGGCACUGCGGCCGCCCUCUGCCGGCUUCUGCUCCACAGUGAAGGUGUAAUUAUUAUCAUGUGGGCUGCUGGUAGAGAGGAGGCUAAACCCACUUUAAAUAAACCCACCUCCCCUUUUCAUUGGUGGAGCAGAGCACUCACCUCUGACAGUCUGGCUAAUCAUUAACAUACUGUAACUUCUUAGUACAGAAUGAAAGGAAGUCAAGAAGAAGCCUUUAUAAUAGUAAUCCUCAUUAAUGCUGAGUUUUUUUCUACUCUACAUGACCGAAGGCUGGUCUCACUUGCUUUCUGUUCACCCUCUUACCUUUGGUGAGGCUUCAAAUUCCUCCCAAAAAGAAAACCCAUUUAUAAGGGAACUAUUUGCAACUGAGUGAAAUUUUGAGAGUCUUCAACUAGAGCUGGGCGAUAUGGGAAAAAGGUUAAUCAUGAUGUGUGUUUUUUUCAUAUCAGUCAAUAUCGAUGUAUAUCACGAUUAAAAAAAGAAAUUUAACAGUGCUUAUUGGUAGCAUGUCUUUUGCAAUACAAUAGGUCUUUGUGUCUCUUCGACGUUUUGUUGUAAGAUGUUGCGCUAGAAAAAAAUGGACUGAAUGGGCAGCUGUUUCGGCUGCACAGGUGGGGAAAAAGAUUUGAGGAUUCCCCGACUUUGCAAGAACAUGUACUCAACAUAAUUUGCAGUGCACAUUACUCUGUUUCAAAUCCAACCUAAAAAAACACAAUAUUUCCACACCACUGACGUUUUCAUGACAGUGUUGUCGAUGAUGUCGUCAUCUGUUGGGCCUUCCUCUGCAUAUCUGCCGGGGGUAGCACUCAUUUUCUUUUUUUCUCACUGACAGUGCUGUCGGCUUCACGUGUUAAAGUGCUGUGGUUGCAUGUAGCUGCAGCCUGAUACUACGGAGUUGUUUGCUACUUGGUUCUAAUUCAGCGCAUGAUUGGUUCAAAGCAGACCUGGAUAAACUCCCCUUUUUAUGAGCUAUUUGUAUAGUCUACCAAAACAUGGCAGAAUGCUGACUAUAGAAAAGCAUAUUGACCAUGUUUCAUAUUGAUAUUGAGGGAAAUUAAUUUUCGAUAUAUAUCGUUAUCGUUUUAUCACCCAGCCCUAUCUUAAACAGACCGUAAGGUAUAAAAGUUCCCAUCUUUUGGAGGUUAUGCAGAGGCCAAGCAGUGGCGUAAAGCUUUCCUGCAGCUUUGAAAUUAUUGAUGAGGCGAGCCAUUCUUGGGUGUAGGGUGACAUUGCAGACACUACUGAAAACAUUCCUGCUGUUUACCUUUAUCUAUUUAAAAAAGUGUUUAAACUGCAUUCAUACAGGAUUCUGAAAGUGUGCGUAAGUCCCAGAGGCAAAGCCUAUGAAAUGUCACGGGUACGUGUGCACUGAAUGGUAAUGAUGUACAGCCCUGCUGGUGGGAAGAUGAUGUGAUGCUAUGUGAAAUUUAAACUCCGUCUGGCCUUUCAUAGCUGUACUGUAAUCUGUAAACUGUAACCAGAUGCUUCAGUGCUGUAGUUGGCUUUUUUAUUCAAGGAAGGCCUACACACAGAGGUUUUAUUAUUUUCCUGUUAAGGAUGCAGGAAAGCUGAGAGGGAGGCAAAACAGGAGAUACACGCAGAAAAGCCCCCGGUGUCUUCAGAAUCUGGGGCAGCAUCGAUACCUGCGGUGUCAGAGGAGGGACUAAACACUUCACCACCUCUCUGCACUGAAGGGGCAUUUUGGCUGCCUGUAAGUUGAACUCAGCUUGUUAUUUCUGAUCUACAGCAGGUGAUUUUUACAACAAUGUGUUACUGUGCAGGCAUCAAUGGCUGUAAUGUGAACUCGGUGUGUUGGCCCUGUGGUGAGAACGCAUCACUGUGCCCUCAUCGUAGCUCUCAGCCGCUGGUUGUAAACGGAGACAGUGAGUGAGCUUUCAUAAGUAGGUAUUAGAUUUUUAAUCCCGAUGCUGUUGGGAAGAGGAAAUAGUAAUCAGAUUUAUCUGUGACACUACAAAAUUUCAUCACAUGUUUCCGCAGCGCUCUAGAUGUCCCAAAAUAGCACGCAUCUUAUAAACCAGUAUUUAGAGGGGAAAAAAGCACGUAAACUCCACCAGAGAGGCUGUCAGUACAGAGAGCUAUUUAAAACCCAAUCUUUUCAGAAGAUUGAUUCAGAAACAUACUAAUGGAUGUUAUCAAACUGGAACACAGUCCUUUAUACAAGCUAGUACUAACUGUAUAUUACACAGAGGAGUGGAACAGCAGGCAGAUUGGGUGUACUUUCGAUUCUUGCAUCUGAUAGAAGAACUGAACAUGAGAUGGAGGACUGCAUCAACACAUCUUGUGUCUGAUACCGUCCUUAGUGCAGAUCCUCACUGGAUGGCUUUCGAGCUUAUAUUGACACCAACCAGUUCAUGUGAGACAGAUGGACUGGUAAUCAUAGCCUGCUCCAUGCUGAUGAGAAAGAGCCCGUGUGAUUUCUUCCCUUGCUGCCUUCCUUUCUACUCGCCACAGUCACAUGAGCAGAGUGCUGACUACCGUGGAGCUCUGUCACUACUGUAGCUGCCCACUUCCUCCUGUCAGUCACCAAACUGUCUGUCAGUUAGUGAGCAAGACCUUUACCCUGUUUGGCAUGAGAGGACAGAGAGGUAGACGAGUAAGAGAUGGGAUAGAAGAGUUUUUUUUUUGCUCUUGUUGAUUUGAAUGAGGGGAUAUCCUGCACUUUGCAUGGAGUUUUGCAUAGUAAAUCCACUGGUGUUUACUUGUUUGCAGAUUUCCAGUAUCUUGAGGGGUUUAUUUGUCUUUUUGUGAGCGUUUAACUUAUUAGUGAAUGGCUUGGGGUAGAUGAGUUGAAACAACUAGCCACAGAUUUGCUGCACAGUUACAUAAUUUCAGAUUGAAGCUGGCGUCCAUACAAUACUGUGAGUUCUUAGUGCAUCCAUCUGUUUUCUUGGACUAAAAAAUGUCAAAAACACUCAAAAAUGUUUCAGAAUAAGAGGAAACAUUAAUAUGAGAUACCUCUAUACAAACCCACUCGUAUUUAGCCAUCAGCCCAAUUCAAGUCUUCAAUUUAAACUUUCUAAAAUUGCACAUAAAGUGAUUUAUUAAGAUCUAAGACCACGUGUCACAAUUCUUUUGUACUUAUUCCACGCAAAAGCUGCCUUAGGUAAGUCAAGUACUAUCUGUCACCUCUUGGAAAAUCUUUUUUUUUUUUUUACCAUAAUGCCUUCCUUGUUGUAUUUUGUGUCAUUCAUAAUUGUUAUGGGGGUGUCUACUCUGCAAAAAUCUAUGUAUCAAUCUAAUUUCUGGUCAGAUUAUCACAAUACACUUAAAAUAAACCACAGUGACCAGACAAGUCCAGAUGUGAAUCUUUUUCAGGAUAUUAAAAGCUAAAAGAAGGAUGAUUUAAUGAUUGUGCUGAACAGAUUAGUUUUUUUUAAUGAAAUACUUCGGUAUAACAACUUCUUUCAAGAAACUUCUGAAGAAAACUUUUCUGCAUUUGCAGCCAUUUUUACCCAUCUUUGUCAAAGUUCCUGUCAUGGGUUUUGAACUGGUUGUGAAACAGACUAAAACUAUCAGUGAUUCCCCUUUAUGGCCUAAAAAAGCUAUCAAGGCUGUCAGCAAGAACAGUGACUAAGUAUUAUGUAUUUUUCACUUCCUCUAAACUGCUGCAAAGAUAUCAAACAAUAAAGAUGAACCCUUUUGAAACUUUCCUCACCUAGUUUUCCUGAUAAAUAAAAUUUUAAUGUUAAAUGAAAGCAGGAUGAGAUUUUUGUCAGUUUAGCCAAGAGAAAAGAAGUAUCACUAUUGUUCACAGGGAGUGCAAAAAUGGACAGAAACAGAAAGUUUUUCUCAGGGGCAUUAGGUAUAAUGACUUUUGGUCUGUAUUAUUAUUAUUAUUAUUAUUAUUAUUAUUAUUAUUAUUAUUAUAUUUUAAAUUAUUAUUAUUAUUGUUGUUGUUGUUUUUGUUAUUAUUAUUAUUAUUAUUAUUUAUUUAUUUAUUUAAUUAUUAUCAUUGUUGUUGUUUUUGUUGUUAUUAUUAUUAUUUUUUAAAUUUUUUGAAUUUUAAAAUGAGGUAUAUAAUCUGUAAUUAUAAAAAUAUUCUCUGAAAAUAUUGGGAAUUCUGCAGUGUAUGGUGGCUCAACUUUGCUGGACACACACACAACACUCUUAACAACUGAAAUGUGAAGCGUGUAACUCUUUACCUUAUUUUGACGCCCUAUGGCCUCUAGCAAAACAGAUUGCCUUCUGCUCUACUGACAAAGUUCAACAUUGCCUUUCAGAGUCCUCGUCAGUAAAGCAGCAUUUAUUGCCUCAUUGUUCAAGGCUGACUGAUGAUCAAGGGUCAGAAACAGAGCUGUUAUCUGUCGUCACGCUGGCUCUUUGGUCACCCUUUAAUCAGAAGUCACUUUAGGCAGAUUGGUUAAGUAGUUAAAAGCUUUACGCAGCAGCCAAGUUUCACAAUCACCCUGCGUUUUGUUUACUCAUCAGACCUUAUCUUCUUUAGAUGUACAAACUCAAAAUAUGACCUCUGUGAAUAUAUUCAGGAGGAAAAUAUUUCAUUUUUUUGUGUCACUUGAGCUCAUUUUUGUCUCUUUGUGUUCUUCACAUUCAAAGGAACUUUCCUUCAAACAGUGUGGUCAUUCUUACGUUGUUUCUGAUUACAAUAAAUGCUAAUUUCCCUUCGCUUCCCCCACAGUUUCUGUCCUGUUGUUAGAUUAAAUAGAAUCUCCAGGAAAUUUGUGUGAUGAGUGAUGCCACUGUGCUGAAGACACACUGAAGUCAGUUGUUUCCACACAGACUCCAAUUGUCCUGACAAGACAGCAGACAGCACGGCGGUGGCUGUAGGUCAAGUAAAUGUCCUGCUGCAGACACACUCAUGUGUUGGAGAUGAAGUGAAGUGGAUGACUAACGGUGCAAGCAACGAAGGGACAUGUCAGUUCUGGGGUAACCUUGUAGAAGACUGCAUUGCCCUUACUGCCCAUGCAUUUCCUCCUCAGACUGCAAAUAGUCUUUCAAAUCUUGCAUAUUUUUAGAGGAAGUGAGCUACAGGAAACAGGGGACAAAGGAAGCAUUCAGUACAGUGUGGAGGUGGGCUGUUUCUCACUGCUGCUGGGUGAGAAAAUGUUCAGGAUUCGUUGGAGGGAGAUAAGCGACAGAGAAGGGCUGUGAUGUCGGCUGUGUGAAGCUCCAGGGAGGAGAGAGGAGAACAAACUGAGCCAACAGAGACCAGAAAGGUCCUUUCCUCCCUCCUCCUUCCUCUCCUUCCUCCACCUCUGGAACAGUCAGCAGAGGCCUCAAGUCUCCAUCCAAGCCAAACACGCCAAACCACAGCUGCAUUCAUAAGAAAACUAAACAUCCACCAGAGUCCCACUGUGUGCUCUCUCUGAACCUGGGUGUGGGGUCUUUGGUUGUGUGACUUUUGUAGAUGCACUUCACAAAGAAAAACCUGCAAGUCAGCAAAGAUCUGAGACGCAAAAGCUGUGUUUUAAGAGUCGUGACUCGUGACUGAGGGAAAUGAUGAGGGGGAGGGCCAGUGAGGAGGAGAGAGGAGGAGGCGGGUUGUACUCGUGGACAGAGAUUAUGAUUGGUGGAUGGAGGGGGUGGAGAAAAUGAAAGGGGAAAUGGGAAGCAGCUCUUCUUACUGAGGGCAUUCAGGACCAAAAAGAAGGAGCAUCUUGGCUCUUUUUGACAUGUUUCAUCUGUUAACCAUAAAAUGACGGUAUAGCCUACAGAGGUUAGAUCUGCCCCUUGUACAAUGUGUUACACAAUAACGGAGCUCUCGCAUAAAACAUGAGUGCUCAAGGACACAUAUGACGCACAGAUGUGCUAGUGAUAGUGGAUUUGUUGUAACAGAGUAAUCUCUCUGCAGUGAUAGGCACAGCUCUGCUUAAAACAAAUGUUGCCCCACUGUUCUGAUUUAGGGCUUAUCAAGAUAAACAUUAAACAACCAGCUCUAUGCAUGAAAACCAGUUUAAUUAUUGUUACUUUCAGGAAGAAGAAACAGUCAAACAUGUCUCCUUUUCAGGGUUUCAGCUAUGAGAAUUUGCUGCUUUUCUUUUGUGUUAUCCUCAACUUCAAUUCAAGGUUUUGGUGUGCUUGUCAGGCCUUAUGCUUUUGACCUGCAAACCCACUUUUUUGUGUCUGCUUUGGUUCGUGAAACAGGAUUCUUAGGAUAAGAGUCCAUUUCUUCUCAGGACUCAUGGGCUUGAUGUGGAGCUGUUAUUUUUUUAAAGUAUCUUUUGAAUAGUUCUCUUCUUUUGUCUUGAUUUUUUGUGCAUUCAUCUGAAGUUAGUUGCCCUAGUUUCACUUUCCCAACACAAGUACACAAGUAUUUAUUUUGCUGACUUGCCACCUCACCUGCAACCGAGGCUUGUUCGGGUUAGAGUCGCCCUGCAGAGUACUCAAUCCUAAGGCUGCUCCUUGACAGUCCCAUUGCACAUCAUACUUACAUCGUGCACACAUUGCACUCUUUAGGAAAGCUGGUACAUUUUUCUUUAAGGUUUGCACUUCAAAUUUUAAAAAAUUCAGCUCUUAUAUCUUUGUACAGAAGUGUGUUCCUAGCACUGAAAGUGUACAUCAAGAAGUCAAGUGAAUAAACCAUCACACCAUCUUGAGACUUUUGUUGAUGUGGACAUAUAUAAGCAGUUGUGCACUAUUAUUAAGCUCUACCUGGUCCUCUUGUGUGUCUUUAUAGGUAUCCUCUAACUGGAACUAACAGCUACCACACAGAGAAGAGAGCAGACAAACCAUAACCAGGCUUUAGCAACCCCACUCUAGGAGCAACACACUCUAGUUACAAACAUCAAACGCCAAGGACGACCACAGAGUGACCAGCUUACAAACAUAUUGACUCAUUGACCAGCCAAGGCUUCACAUAAAUGGCUGACAAACAGAUCAGGUAAGGUUUAUCACAGCAGCCGGCAUUUCCUUCCCUUCAUCUGUUUCUUUCCCACAUGUCAUUUUUCUCUUUUUGUCCUUCCCACUUCCUGCAGUUUGCCUGCCAAGUUAAUCAAUGGGGGGAUCGCUGGCCUGAUUGGAGUGACCUGUGUGUUUCCCAUUGACCUGGCAAAGACCCGCUUGCAAAACCAGCAAAAUGGAUCUCGCCUAUACACCAGCAUGUAUGAAACAGCCAUCAUUUAUGACUAUCACAUUUUGAUAGAAUGUUUUCUGCUGCAGUCUAGAGGAAUCAGUAAAACGUUUAGUCCAACUGUUUCAUCAGGCCAACAAACCUGAACUGUUGUGUUUGUGUUUCAGGUCAGAUUGCCUUAUUAAGACCAUCCGAUCAGAGGGGUACUUCGGGAUGUACAGAGGUGAGUUGAAAUGCUUUUGCAGCCAACCUCAAACAGACACUGGAGGAACUGAAGGUGUUAGCACCCACAUAUUAGCUUCUCUUCUCAAGACUGAAUGUUGCUGCUAGUUUGGAGUACAGUAUCAAUCCUAAAAUCACUGUGUGGAAACAAUCUAAAGGUACAUUUUGUGGUUUAUUUCCUUUGGGGAGAUUGCAAAAAAAUAGUGCUACAAUGUUGGAUGAUCAGUUUUUGUGGGAUUACCAUUGCAACAAAAUGACCCUAACGUGACCCCAACAUGACCUCAUGAUACAUACAGUAUAAUAUCAGAUUCUUGCCACAGUAAACUGAAUACAGCCCAAAUACAGUCAUCCAACACUUUGAUCCCUCAGCCUCAUUGUCUCACCUCCUUCUCUGUUUCUUUUUCUUUUUUUCCCUCUGUCUGUCUUUCUUGCUCUUUCUCUCUUUUCAUCCAUUCAGGAGCAGCGGUAAACUUAACUCUAGUCACGCCUGAGAAAGCCAUCAAGUUGGCCGCCAACGACUUUUUCAGGCAUCACCUCUCCAAGGAUGGGUGAGGCAUGGCAACGUUGACAAGCCGCCCGACUCACGGGCAUGCACACACAUGCUCACAGAUGGACACACACGCACUCCUCUCAUUCACGCUGUGAUUAACUGGCAUGUUUACCAACAUGUAACCUGACACUUUAGCUGUCUGUGUUCUCACCAAUCCUCUUGGUAAUCCUCUACCGUUGUGUCGCGUCGCCCCCCUCCAGACACAGAGAGACUCACGGUGGUUUGUUCACUGUUUAAAAAUAAAGAAUCGCUCGGAUGUGUGUCGGCAGAAGCCAUGCCUGAAAUCACAUUAGCAGCUGCUGAAAUCCAUCACCCAUUAUUGUCCCCCCAUGAGCACUGCUUAAACAGAUAAAGCUGAAAGAUUCUGGGGCAUCUAUCUCCAUCUCUAUGGCGACUGACACGCAGGCUGAUGAAUGAUUGACUUGUCUUGCUCGACGGCUCACCUUGUGAAUUAUUAAUCUGCCCUUGUGUCUGACAUGUUGAUAUGGAAGACAGAGAUUAGCAUCACCAGCUCAGGUGGUGACAACUCUUUUUUUUUCUGACUGCAGAAAUAAAGUUGUCCAUCUAUCACAACGUCACUCGAGUGCAUGAAUCAUCUGACUGUGCUUUCUGUCUUUAUUGUUUUAGAAAACUCACUCUGGUCAAAGAGAUGCUGGCUGGAUGUGGGGCAGGAACAUGCCAGGUGAGUGAGUGAGAUUUUGCUUUAGAUGCAUCCUCCUGUUUUCCAUCUGGAGCUGCUGCCAUUAGCGCUGCCUGUGUCAGCUAACACACAAACCAUCUUGGACCUCGCUUCAUUUGUCACCGCCUGUGGACAGACUCAGCCAAACCUUGUUUUAAAUGUCUGUAAAUUUCCCCCUUCAAUUACAUUUUAAUAUGUGCUCCGCCAAAAAUGAUUUCUAAUCAGUGAAAUAUUGUCCUGUUAAAUAGAUUAAAGGGUAUAGAUGGACUUUCAGCUGGAUUUGAUUGAUCAGAUAAGGUGCUGUGAAAGUGCCAGGCCAUGUGCAUUAAGUGAUCGAGCCAGAGGGAAAUGCUUCUUGUCAAUGGGGGCAAAGGCUUUGAGGCCAAGGAACGUGAUUAGUUUAAGUGUAGCAGACUUUGGAUUAAGAUUGUGGCUGAGAACACGGCCAUCUCACCCUUAAUCCUGUUAACUAGUUACUACUGUGCGGAUCGCAGAGGCAAACGAGAGGUGACAGAUAGCUAAUGGAUGCUAGUAGAUAUACUCUAAACUCACCUCUCGCCUUACAUGCUCAGGACUAAUCAAUCCUAACCUCCUUAUUUUUUUUUUGCCUGCCUUCACAUGGAUGAUAAUAAGUUGCUUUGUACAUAGUGUGCAUAUCCUGUUCUGUAUCUGACACACCAAUUCUAUCUUGUUGUAGGUUAUUGUCACGACUCCUAUGGAGAUGUUGAAAAUCCAGCUCCAAGAUGCUGGACGCAUAGGUAAGAGGAAAUAAAAUCCAGAUGGUGUUUCAGAAAACACUGAAGGGCAGUGUAAGAAAGAAACUAGAGUGACUGUUCCCUCUAGUGGUCAUGCCAGGGAUUACAAUAUCUUAAUUUUGGUUUCCUUUUACUGUUUAUUCAAAAUGUCUGCAUGCAUAGAUGCUUCUCACUCUGUUUUAUUCUUUUAGCCUUAUUUGUUUACGUUUUUAUUAACAUUAAUAUUAUGUUGCUCUUGCUCCACAGCGGCUCAGAGGAAGCUAAUGCCAGAGACGGUGGCAGCAGGUACUGUGGAGACCAAGUCCCCAACAGCCAUGCAGCUGACUAGAGAGCUACUGCGAGAGAAGGGCAUUGCUGGGCUGUAUAAAGGCCUUGGAGCAACACUGCUCAGGUACAACCUGUCUUUAAACAGGUUAUAGAUCAUAACUUUAAUUUGUGUUUGCAGAUUAAUCUGUGUAUGAAAAUGUAGAAACUGCACACAGGGGUCUGAUUUUAGGAGGCAAAGUGUUAUGCAUGUAGUGCUGUUGGUGUUACCCGGUCAUGAAUCAGGGGCGGGCUCUAGAAAGCAGAUAAGUGCAAACCCUGAGGGUGUUGACCUUGAAAUGAGGGAAGCCCUUAGAGAGAAGAAGCUAACUCAAACUGAAGAAGGAGGGGUAACUCUCUAGAGGGAGGUGUAACUUAAACUCUGAGUUAUUUACUAUGGUAAAGCAGUUACUAUGGUAACUGAGUCUGUGAAACUAACCUGGUCAAGAGCAGGUUUUCUGAAUUUCUCUCAGUGUCCUGACAUCAUACAUGCAUAUCGCAUACAUGAUUAAGUGUUCAGUGUCCAGUGUCCAGCACUGGAUCACACCAGCAAUGUGUGAGCUCAAAUGUAGCCAAGUCUGAAUGCAGUUUCUAAUCUGCGACGGAUUAGGAGUGGAGUUUCAACAUACGCGUAAAUCACAUCUUAAUUCUUACACCUUGUUGAGCUUUUCACUGACUGGUUAGAUGGAGUCAAAACAUUCUGUGGCUUUGUUUGUGUAGGUUUGGAUGUUACUUAAAAUACAGCUUACACACAGCACAGGCCAUAAGCAUUUUGGUAUCAUCUGUGAGGCAUACAAGGUGAUAUAAAACCUACUCUUCCAACAUGACAUUUUAUUUUGUAAAGGAUUUUCUGAUCCUGGUUGGAUGUUUUAUCAUUUCCAGAUACUUUGUAGUGUCAUAGUUUUCUUCACAGUCUAAUGUUAUAUUUACAUGAACACAUCAGGCCUCACCAAUAUCACCCAUUCUGGACGUAAUCUUUCACAGCAAACUUAGCUGCUUUUAAAUUUGCUUUGCUCUGCAGGGAUUGUAUCGAAGUAAAAAUUGAUUUUAGUUGCGGGAUCUUUGCACCUGUAAUACACAAGUUCUAACCCGUAAUAUAAGUGUGAUUAAACAGGAAAUAAUGAUUGCAUUUAGAAAAUUUACAUACUUGACUCAAAGGAUUUUUUUCCCACACUGUUUCUGAAAAAACGGAAAUCAACACUGUCUUUUUUCUUCAGGGAUGUUCCUUUCUCCAUCAUCUACUUCCCCCUCUUCGCCAAUCUGAAUAACCUGGGCAAACGGGGUGUCGAGGGCCCCGCUCCUUUCUACGUGUCGUUCAUAUCAGGCUGCCUUGCGGGAAGCACAGCGGCUGUUGCUGUCAACCCCGUUGAUGGUAGGCAAUGACACUUUGAACAUUGUUACUGCCAUGUCUGCACCAUUAGUCACUGUUUUAUAUUCACCUGAGCUCUGUGUGUUUCAGUGAUAAAGACUAGACUGCAGUCUCUGAACCGAGGAAGCACAGAAGACACCUACAGUGGAGUGACUGACUGUAUCAGGUGACCUUAUUAUGUCCUUACUGCUGCAGUGCGUGUGGUGCUGUGUGUGUGUGUGUGACCAAGGCUGGAUGUAUGUCAUUAAACUCAAUCUUGUAUAAUAAGUCAGCGUGUCUUUUACACAAAGGACAAGAAAAGAACUACGACUGAAUUUACAAGAAACUGCUCUGAUGUGCUCAUAAGACACACUUGUGCUGAAAAUGUACCGUAUUUAACUAUUGUGUUGUUUUAUUGCUGCUACAAUAAGCUUUAAUUUUGCCCUCCAGGAAAAUCUUGCGUAACGAGGGUCCGUCAGCCUUCCUCAAAGGAGCCUACUGUCGAGCCUUGGUCAUCGCACCCCUGUUUGGCAUCGCCCAGGUGGUCUACUUCCUGGGAGUGGGUGAAUUCCUUCUCAGCUUCUUGCCUAAAAGAAACAACUAAGAAGAACCUCCUCUCUGCCUUUCCCUCCUGUAAUGCAUCAAAAACAACUGCGUGAGGAUUCAUCUCGUUUUAAAAAUUGUGGACGGGUCCAAGCACGACUCAAUUCGUACAUUUCAUUUUAAAUUUGUUGUGUUGAAUGUUGAAAUAGUUUAGGAUGGAGCCUUCGUUUUAUUUUGCCAAGCUGCCUAUGGUGGCACACAAAAUUCCAGUAGGCACACUAAGCUAGCACUCUGGAAAUGAAGCCACAAAUAUCAGAUGACGUUUUUAAACAAGAUUGCUUUACGACUAGAACUUCUUUGUUUUAUUUUUGCAGUUAUGAAGAUGAUUGUGGAAUUGUUGAAGUAGAUGUACUGCCCUUGGUUGCUGCAGUUCUGCAAUCCCUACCUAAUUUUACAUCAGCCUCUGGAAAACAAUAGUUAUCUAGCAAAAUUAUAUGCACAUACUGAUGAUCGAGAACACUAGACAGGGUAGAAUACAGUAGAAAAACGUUCCUCCAGACCUUAUGUCUUAAAACCCAUUAUACUUGGAAUUGGAGUGAAAUAUCUAUGCCUGUAGUCAAACAAAGACCCGGGGAAUGUGUUGAUUUGCUACCAGCACUUUUCCUAUGAAAGCUCCUGAGUAACCACAUCCCUCCUGUAAGUGGUUGUAAUGAGCUAUGAUUGCCUUGGCUUUUAAAGGAGAUCAGGUUCCAUCUGAUAUUUGAUGCUCCCACAAUGGUUUGGCUGUUCUGCCUUUGUGAAAGGUAUCUCCUGUUUCCAGAUUAUGCAGUCCAGUGCAGAGACGAGGCUCCACAUUUGGUUGAUGUGCACCAGAAAAUUACUUGAAUGCAUUUCCUACUUUGACACAGGCUCAUUCAAAAGCUGCUUCUAAGCAUCUGUCUGUGGUAAAGUGUUUUUACUUGUGGUCCUAUCCCAAUCAGUGAUGUCACAGCGGGGGUGUUUUAUUACUAGCAAAUGAUUGCCGUUAAAAAAUGAUGGUGAUCACCCGCUGUGACAUGAGUGAUUGGAUUGCUAGCUGAUAGGACAUCCUCGCUCCCUGUAAGAAUCUGACAAUGAUUCAUUGACCUUUAUGAGGACGAUCUGCAUGUGAGUGCAGCGAAAAAUCUAAUCCAGAUCAAAAAUUUUAAUUAGGACUUGAAAAAAAAUCUGCGGUGUGCUCUAUAUUGGCUGAAAUUCAUUUCAAAGGGUGCCAGAAUAUCAAUCGAGCCUCACAAGUACAGUCAACCAUUGUGAAGUUAUUUAGAUUUUAACUGGAGCAGCACCCCUCUCAGAUCCACACGUAAUUAUUAUUGUUUACAGAUGAAUUCAGCUCACUUUUGUUUUUUCCAAACUUGAAGUCAGUGGCAGGACCCCAAAGAGCUAAUGAAAAACUUUACUUUAUCAGAAAAUUAAACCAACGUGGUUUCAGUGUUCUGUACGUUUUUACCAAACGUCUUUGAUCGUUCGCUUUAGGUUUUGUUUGCUUUAAGCUGCCGUGGAAAGCAGCCUUGUCCUAUCUUGUUUGUGCAUCACAACACUGAAGCCCUGCCAUUGGUUUAUCUCACCGGAGAUCAAGGUGACUUUGACGUGAAUUAUCCAAUCACAUUCCUUCCUCGCUCCCACUGUUCAAAGCAGCUCGUCAAUUGUACUGUUGCACUGUAGAUACGCAAUGCAACUUUUCAUUGUGUGGGAGUGAGAUCUAUUUAUCAAUAUUCCUUUCUAUAGGCGGUAUAGCACUAUGUAUUUCUCUGUGUUGUUUAUUUCUGUGUCAAAGUGUCCACCUUAUCUAUAUUGUACAUAUGCAGAUGAUAUGAACUUUUAUGUUGUAGGAUUUAUUGUAUGUUUUGUACAUGAUGGCUUAUUUGCACACCUACCUCUUCAGCUCCCCCCCUCUCAGUCCAUAUCGUAGUGAUUUUAUGUUAUGAUGAUGUGGACAUAUCAAAUGAAGGAGUGUGUUUUAAUACAGCAAGCAUCAUUCGGACUUAAAUGCAGUGUAUGUGAAGAGUUUUUUUACUGUAUGCAAAGGGGAACAGUGUAGGUCUAGAUGUUUCUUUUUCAGCGGUCCCCUAAGCAAUGGGUAAAGUUUGAUCCGCCCUUCUGCUGCAGUUCUAUCAACUUGGACCACAUGAGCUGUCACAUAAAGAUGAUAGAAAUGUAGCCUGUUUCAAGUGAGUGACCUGUGGCUCUACUUCUACAUCUCUGGAAAUAAAAUCCACCCAGGAGAGGGCCAGUAGGGACUUGCCUGUAACUCAUCAGUCUAUUUGAAUGGUGCUUCUUAAAUGUGGUAGCUGCAAUAUGAAGGCAGCGGCACUAACAGCUGAGGCUGUGCCGACUAAGUCACAUGCUAGUGAAUCUCUCAGCGUUAUCCAAGUCUUAACCGAAAGCCAUAGGUCAGGGAGGGACAUCAGAGCUGCCAGACAUCGACAGGCACCUCCAGCCAUGUUGGUGGAUGACAGCUGAGCCACAGGAAAUGGGAAAAAAAAACUUGCCUGCUCCUGUGAGCUCAUCUGGAUAAAUCACUGUCAUAGUUUUUCAACAUUCCGAUUGCCAGUUCAUCUCAUAUUCAAUGUCAUUGUGAUUACUAUGCCUGUAUUUGUGUUGUUGAGAUUAUUGAUGUGGAUAUUUGAACCACCCCCGCCUCUACUCUUCCCUCUUGUUUUCUGAUUUUAUCCUCUUUUAUUCUGUUGAAUCUUAAAAUGUUGUGCAAGUCGUUUUGUUUUACCCACAGCUGUGAAUUUCCGUUGACCUUGUGCGUUUGGUUCUGUUUGUGUGUGUGCGUGUCUGACUGUGUAGUGCUGUAGUUGAUGUGUAGUUGUUAGUGUGACACUGCGGUAUUUUUCUCUUUGAUUGUCAGACCAAUGCUCUCUCCCCUCUCUCCUUCUAUCUGCCACCCCCUCUCCCCUCACAGCCAGGGAGGGCAGGUGAAUGCAGAGGAGCUCGGGAACACCAAAUGUAUGACUUAGAGUGUAUACAAUCAAAGAAAGCACAAAUGACUAUUAUUAGGCACAAGAGACACACUUUGGGUACACUCAGACAAAAUCCUUAGAAAUCAAUGGUUGCUUUUGCAAGAUGUGGAUUUCAGUCUGAUUUACGUCAGUGGAGAUGUGGAUUGAGAUGAACUUUUGAAGUUCAUCUGUCUGUAAAACUUGACACAUAGGGCUGAGUCCACAGGAUGAGAGUGUCUGCUAUGUUAUCCACAAAAUGUACAUUGCCUACAUAUAUGAAUCAGAUAUAAGAAUGUAACUUAGAUAUUAUGUAUUAUAAUUAUAGUGAAGAGUUUAUUAUAACAUUUUAAUCUAGAGAUUUGUGCUUUACAUAUUCACAAAGAAAAAAAAAAUCCUACAUGUGAACCAGCCCACUGGUAUGCAAUAAGUUGAAAUCACACACAGGCACAGGCACAGACACAGACACACACACGGUAGACAAAGGAGAAUUACAAAUGACGUCACAACCUGUCAAUCACACAAUGUAUGAUGCAAACAGGGACCCUGGAGGCCUUCUGGGGUCUGAGCUCUCGUCACGGCCUCUGUUGUCAUCCUCCAAGAGGAACUGUGCAUUAUAGCACUUUAAAAACAAGGACCCCCACCUCCCACUGUCCAACUACAAAGUCUCUCUUUGCGACAAAGAGGGUGUUUAUGGAUUUAUGUCGUUAGUGACACAGUCGUCCUAGACAUUAUUUACAAUGUAAUGGAAAAAAAAAUGAAAUAUUGUGUUUCUGUCACAAUUUGCUGUUCAAUAAACUGACUGUCCUCAAGUCUCCCGUUGUGGUCUGUGAUGCAGGUUACGUUUUGUUUCGUUUCAAGCUCCAGUAACUCAGCUGAUUUUCUGUUUUUUAUUUUUGUUCUUUGUGAUGCCACUGUGAAAACCAAGCAGCAGGGUGAGGCUUUUGAAGAGCGUUAGGAUGACAUAGUAGCUCCUCGGGGCACAGGAGAGCAGCUGAGACUGUUAUGUUGUGAUGAUUUGCUGCCUCGUGCAGCCACCAGGUGUCAGCAUGGGGUCACGGUGGAGCUUCAGUUCAGCCUGUGGUGGGAGUGGGAGCAUCGUGAAACUACUCACUACAGGUGUAUGCUGAGCCUGGGCGGUGUGGCAGUAAAUCACACGCUCUGAUCUGACUCUGGCUUGUUAUCUCACACUCAGUUAUGCUAUUCCAUACCUUUUGCAGCUGAUGCACAUUUUCCUGCCGCGCCUGAUCUGUGCGGUUUGACUCGAUAAACAGGGUGUUUAUAAGUUGCACAAUAACAAUAUGGAAAUGUGCUUUCUGGUGGAUUUGUCCGCCUGCUCCAGGUUUAUAAAGCCCCUCUUUGAUUCCUGUACUGUUCUGCUGAACUGAUGUUAUGACAGGGCUUUCUUUAUUCAUUAUAAAUCUCCUGCUGUUUGCCAUGUUUU